AUGCCAAAGAACAAGGGAAAGGGUGGUAAGAACAGGAGAAGAGGAAAGAACGAGAACGAUAAUGAGAAGCGUGAACUCACCUUCAAGGAGGAGGGCCAGGAGUACGCACAGGUCGUCAAGAUGCUGGGUAACGGUCGUCUCGAAGCCCUCUGCUUCGACGGCGCCAAGCGACUGGCACACAUCCGUGGCAAGCUCCGCAAGAAGGUCUGGAUCAACCAGGGCGACAUCAUCCUCCUCUCACUCCGAGACUACCAAGACGAGAAGGGCGAUGUCAUUCUCAAGUACUCCGCCGACGAAGCACGUAGUUUGAAGGCAUACGGAGAGCUACCGGAGAGCGCCAAGAUCAACGAGACAGAUACAUAUGGUGGAGACGAAGAGGGCGGUAUUGGCUUCGAUUUCGGCGAGGACGACUCGGAUGGAAGCGACGACGAGAUCGACGUGGACGACAUCUAG